AUGCCGGAUCACCUGGGUUCUGAUAUGCGAAAGCAGAAAAAGGAUGUAGAUCCAGAUGAUGACAAGCCUUUUCAAGCUCUCGACGAGGGUGAUAUUGCUGUCCUGAAACGUUAUGGCCAGGGACCAUAUGCUGAACAACUAAAACAACUUGAAAUUGACAUUGAAGAUUGCGUGAAGAAGGUAAAUGAACUAUCAGGAGUUAAAGAAUCGGAUACCGGAUUGGCACCUCCAGCACUCUGGGACAUUGCAGCUGAUAAGCAAGCUAUGCAACAAGAACAACCUCUGCAGGUGGCUCGUUGCACCAAAAUCAUCACUGGUGAGGGGCACGACCCGCGAUACAUGAUCAAUGUGAAACAGUUCGCUAAGUUCGUCGUUGAUCUGGCCGAUACAGUUGCUCCAACGGAUAUUGAGGAAGGAAUGAGAGUAGGCGUAGAUCGCAACAAGUACCAAAUCCACCUUCCGUUGCCAGCUAAAAUCGAUCCUACUGUCACUAUGAUGCAGGUUGAGGAGAAGCCGGACGUAACCUACGCUGAUGUAGGAGGCUGUAAAGAUCAAAUUGAAAAGCUGCGAGAAGUCGUCGAAACGCCACUUCUUCAUCCUGAACGGUUCGUUAACCUUGGUAUUGAGCCACCUAAAGGUGUACUUCUCUACGGACCUCCUGGUACUGGCAAAACAUUGUGCGCUCGUGCUGUAGCAAAUAGGACGGAUGCGUGCUUCAUUCGAGUUAUUGGAUCUGAAUUGGUGCAAAAAUAUGUUGGGGAAGGUGCGCGAAUGGUACGCGAAUUGUUCGAGAUGGCCCGAUCCAAAAAAGCAUGUUUGAUCUUCUUUGACGAAAUUGAUGCCGUAGGCGGAGCACGCUUUGAUGAUGGCCAAGGUGGUGAUAACGAAGUGCAGCGUACGAUGUUGGAACUCAUUAACCAACUCGACGGUUUUGAUCCGAGAGGGAACAUUAAGGUACUGAUGGCUACAAACCGGCCCGAUACCCUCGAUCCUGCCCUAAUUCGGCCAGGACGUCUGGACCGUAAGAUCGAGUUUGCGUUGCCCGAUUUAGCAGGAAGAGCACAUAUUCUUAAGAUCCAUGCGAAACAAAUGAGCGUUGAGCGGGAUAUUCGCUAUGAUCUAUUAGCGCGACUGUGUCCGAACAGUACUGGUGCCGAAAUCCGCUCCGUUUGCACAGAAGCCGGCAUGUUCGCUAUAAGAGCACGUCGCAAAGUGGCCACCGAAAAGGACUUUUUGGAAGCAAUUAAUAAGGUAAUUAAAGGAUAUGCGAAAUUCAGCGCAACACCGAGAUACCUGACGCACAACUAA